AUGCCGAAGGUUGAGCAGCCAGCGUAUGCUUUUGAAUAUGCGGAUGCCCAGCCAUUCCCGGAAGAAUUGGAUGAAUGGUUUCAAUACAAUGACUUUGAUCGAGUCAUGCUAAUGGGCAUGAAGUCGACUUUUGAUCGUCAAUGGGCUACAUUUUGCCGACAGCAAAGCUCUGGAGUUGCAGGACUGUCCUGGCUGGAUGCGUCUGAUAGUCUGAGAAGAACUUUUAUUUCUCAGUCCCUCGACAAGCUGCAGUACCCCGAGAUCUCAGUACGAUUGGAGGCUUUAGAGAACAUCUGCUAUACAGUCACGGGCAAUUGGGGCCUCACUGCUGGCCGUCAGACACCAGGAUACCCAGAAAAUCCGGAACCAAAGGCUGCUGCGGAAUCGCCCCGUUCAAAAUCGCUACAAAUCGAGUGGAUUGAAAGGAAUGUGUCUUUGGUUCAAGAGUGCGGGGGAAUCCCACUUUUGGUCAAAAGGUUGUCGCAAUUGUUUGACCGUCGCCGCUCCUCAUUGGGCCCUGAUCAAGAUGGCCUGGAGUUUGAAAGGCUUCACCCAGGCGAUAUUCCUGCACCAGAACGUGAAGCUAACUUGGUAUUGACCAUGUUGUAUUUUGCGAUUGAGGUCGGUCGUAGACAGGAGGCCCGAGAUCCCCGGUAUACAAUGAUUCGAGAUGGACUGGCAGAGUCAGAUCCCUGCUUGCUAGUCACAAUUGUGGAAAUAAUUGCCCGGUUGAGAUGGGAUGAGACUGCCAAUAUUCCUCUUACUCGGAUUAUCCUGUUACUCUGGAAAUCAUUGCUUCUGGUAUUUGGCGGUACUGCCCAGCUUAAGAAAGCCAAAGAGAUAUUGGAGCCGUCUGCAUCGUAUGAAGAUGACACGCUUAAUCGCAGGGGACCUUUCCUUCAUGCAUCUCCCCUCGAUUACCAUCUUUUCCGACAGGAAAUCACCUCGAAAUACCCCGCCUACAAUCCUCCUCCUCCCAUUGUUCCGUUAGAACUCGAGAAUAACUCGAUCCUACCUCCCCUUCCACAGCAUCCCGCCAGAAUCAACACAUCCAGUGGCAUAUUUUCUGGCGUCGGUCCCUCCAUUGCUGGCGGCAAUGGCUCUAUUAUCCAACAAGCCGUUCAUAUUGCAACUCCAGCGCCAUCUCCCCCUCCAUCACCAAUAGGUCCUGGAGGCAAGGCUGGGAAGAAGCAAAAUUACCAGACGAACCAGAACUUCCCUCUCAUGUAUCCUCCGCUGGACGAUAGCAGCAACAAGAUCGGCGGCAAAGGAACCACCGAGCGGCAAGAUGUACUUGUUGGGAAGCGUUGGGAAGGCAGUGAUGUUCCUGCCUCCAUCAUUGAAGCUGGUCGGCUUUUUUCUACACACGUGAAACUCACACGGGCCAUGUCUCAGUUGUGGGAGGAACGUGAGAACUUUAUGAAGUAUGAUCGUGGGUGGAAUUUUGAGAAUACUCAACAGCCGCUUGAUCCUUUCGAGAUGGAAGCAAUGAAUGGCGAUAUUGAACACUUGGACUUAUCGGGCUCUGAUAAGCCCAAGCUCAAGAAGAAGGCUCCAAAGGAAACAGAUGAUCCUGAUAUCCAGCGACGACUGGAUGCCGUGGAGAAUUUCUAUGCUCAAGCAUUGUCUCACCUUCAGUCGAUUACAAUUGUCUUCUUGAAGAUCAUUCUUACCAACGUUAGUGCGGUGGUCAACCAAGCAAACUCACAGGCCAGUCAGAGCAUGAGUAACGGCCAUGGGAUCAACGGCACAUCCGGAGAAUUUUUAUCUGAAACUUCCGUUGAUGAGCUUGAUAAUAUUCGCCUUAGAGAGAUCACUUCAAAGGCUGUGUCCGGAACUUUGCUCCUCCUGGUGAAAUGGUUCAAGCGGUCUCACAUCUUGAAAUUUGAGUAUAUGACCCAACUCUUACUUGAUUCUAAUUACCUGCCUUUGAUCCUGAAGAUGUUCGCUCAUCAAGAUGUGGACCAAGCGGUGGCACAGAAAAAUGACCGCGACGAUCUUGCUUUCUUCCACUUCUGCCGCGAGCACAGUGAUUAUCAGCCCACUGUUGGAGUGGAUGAUGGAGACACCGAAAGCGAGGAUGAGGCUGUGCCGCCACCUAUUUCUCGACACCGUCCCCAUCUCAAUCGCAGCAGUACAUCUGUGCGCAACAUAUCAUCCGAAGACACCAUCGGUGAUGCAAUGGAUGGUCCUGCCCGGCCCGAAGUCGACGAGCUAGGCUAUCCCACUGGUCCGGCUCCCAAAGAACCCAUAACCGUAUUCUCAUUCCGCAACUUCUUCUCCGCCAUUAACUACCUCCAUAUCAUGCAAAAGAUUACACGCGACAAGGGCCAUCGCUGCCUCCUUCUUGUGCAGUACAAAUCCAGCACGAUCCUUCGCAAGGGCCUCAAGAUCCCUGAUCCACAUCUCCGCUUCUACACCCUCAAACUCUUCAAGUCACAGGUACCCUACUGUGGCCGAAAAUGGCGUCAAAGUAACAUGCGUGUUAUCACUGCCAUCUACCUUUAUUGUAGACCUGAGCUUCGUGAUGACUGGCUCUCUGGCUCGGAUGUCGAUGCUGACGUUGAAGAAGCAUUGCCAUUGGAACAGGCUCUUCGGGGACUGACCCAUUGGUGGCAUCUUCGCCAGUAUAAGAAUUUGAUGGGUGGGCCUGAAGGGACCUCUUUGAUGGAGGAGGAAAGAGAUUUCUUUGUUCGGGAGUUAGAGUCGAUGGGCUGGGGUUUUACUGAUGAUAUGGUUGGAGAUGACUCGGAUAUGAGCAACCAAAUGGUCAGUGGCACAGAGUGGGAUGGUGGAUUGCAAAUGGAAGGUUGGUCAUGA